AUGAUAUCCUCCAACACAGACAGACCCAAGCCCGCAACGGCUAAAUGGGGUGCUGCUUGCGCGCAGUGUUCUACAGCAAAAGCCAAGUGUAUACGGUCAAAUAGCACUCCUGGAUCAAAGUGCGAUAGAUGUGAAAGACUAGUCAAGAAUUGUACAGAGCAGGUUCAUCGACCCCGGAAAAAGAGGACUGUCAAACCAUCACGAACUGCUCAAAUAGAAGAGAGACUAAAUGGACUAGUCAAUCUCCUCAAAGCAGGUGGUCUCACCAAUGCCGAUCUUGCAACAGACACUACUUGCAUCCCAACUGAAGUUGACCCUACCACUGCUGAUCAAAGGAAGCCUUCAACGAAAGAGAGGGAUUCUUCGCUCUCUCCUGAGACAAUAGAAUGGUCAAUACCUGAUACUUACAACUCAUAUGCUCCUCCACAAUGUAUCUGCAGACAGACCAGUGGGGUGGCUCCCCCUCCCCCGGCCUCAGACGAGGAGCUCUUGAAGCUCUAUCGAAAAGAGUUGCAGGCUCUUCACCCGUUCGUCGUCAUCCCCGAUGGAGUCACAGCAGCAAAACUCAAGACGACGCGGCCUUUUCUCAUGUCAGCCAUCCGUAUGGUUACAUCUUAUCGCAGUCUAAGGUCGAUGCGGGCUCAGAUGUAUCACCUGAUGAAGUACAUAGGAGACCACAUGCUCAUCCGUUCCGAACGAUCCUUGGACUUAUUACUUGGAAUCGUUGUCAUAAUUGCGUGGUAUAAGUAUCACUGCUUCAUGCACGCACAGCUAAACAACUUGAUCGCCUUGGCCUCUACGCUCGUGGGCGAGUUGGGCUUGCACCGCAGUCCGAGUGUUCUUGAGCGGACCAGCUUGAUGGUUGUGACACCAUUCCAACCGGCAGCAAGGACUAACGAGGAGAGGAGAGCCUUGUUAGGAGUGUGGUAUCUAUCUUCAUCAAUGUCUCUUGGGUUCCUACGGAUAGAACCCAUGCGGUACACCAAAUACAUACAGCAAUGCCUGGCUGUUCUUGAGCAGGAAAGGGAGUAUGACACAGACAUGCGCCUCGUGACGCUCGUCAGGGUCCAGCACUUGACGGAGAGGAUUGCACAACUCAAUGCUCCAGAUGACCCAGCGGAAGAAGUUGUUGGUCUACCAGCAGCACCAUUAUCAGCCUAUGUUUCUGCGUUCCAUAGCGAACUCGACAGGAUCAGGAAUGGGCUACCUCCUGAGCUAACAAACGACAGGGUGAUAAAUAUGUUUUUAAAUACGGCCAUGCUCCGGUUAUAUGAACCUCCUAUACUGGAUGCUCCUCGGAUUAUAUCGAUGUCGGAAUCAUUGACUUCUCCAACCUUAGGGGCUGCUUCAGCUCUCGACAUCUUUUACCAGUCAAGAAACGCCUUGAAGAAGUUCUUUGAUGAUUGGCUUACGGUACCAAUUCCAGAGUUUUACAACCAGACAACACCAGUAGUUGCACAACUGGUUUACGGGAUGACAAUGCUCGGUCGCUGGGCCAAAUACACGGCCCCGAUUCCUUUGACAAAGGCUACUACACCGAUGCCGCAGGACACAAGCGCACGAGACCCUCAUGAUGAGGUUUACAAGGCAGACUCUGCAUACUCGGCGAGUGUAAGCCCGUCAGUUGCAACACCGUCAGUGACGACGGGAAGAGAUUCUCAUGAAACCAGCCCGAUUUCAUUGCGGGAGGGUACAGACCCGAGGCUACCAGCUGCUGUGGCCGCUCUUCGGUCACAGAUCCAGACCCAACCAGGACUCUCCCUUGAUGUCACCGGGAUUCUAUCGGCAAUCUGCGCACGGUUUGAAGAGGCCAACGCAUCAUUCCAGAUGGCGUCCACAGAGCCUGGUUCUUCGGAUCACAACCUCUGGAGCAUGAGCGCCAUCAAAGUCAAGAUCACAAGGGCAAAGCUGGAAAGAUGGGCCGAGAUCGUCGCGGCUGGGACAGAAGCCCUAAAGAUACACGAUGAAGUCCGAGACACGGCCAUGCCAGAUAGCAGCACGAGCGAGACCGGAGCCACUGGCUUUGUAGCGGCUACGGGCCAGGAUAUACAGCAUGACGUGUUCGCCAUGCCAGAUUGGAACUCCGAAAUGCCGUGGGCUUCAGAGAUGCUGCAGGGGGUCGACCCGUCGAUAUGGUUUGACGGGUAUCUGGAUUGGGGGGCUGUUGUUAUGAACUCCAUGGGACGCACGGAGCAAUGA